UUAUUCUAAACAGAAGGAGAAGAUAACUAUAGGACAAAUGGCUGAAUUUGACGUCAAAGUUGUGUGCGUGUUAAUUGUAUCACAAUUUCUCUAUGGCACAUCAGCUGAUGAACUUCUAUGUGAGGAGGAUAAGGACGUGAAGUUACCCCAUGAAACAGAGUGUCACCUCUACUAUGACUGCUCCUCAACGAGAGCCCCAGAAUUUGCUACAAGUGAAAGAUACCUCCGCGAGUGUAAAUACCCCCAGCUGUUCUCUACAAAAACACUCAGGUGUGAGGACUUUGAGAAUGUACAAUGCGGAACCAGGAUAGAGCGAAAGCAAGCAUGUGAAUACAGAGCCAAUCUGUGCAAUGGACCAAACUGCAGCCCCUGUAUUUUUCUGUAUCCUAGUUGUGCCGGACUUACUGACGGAGUAUAUCCACAUCCCACCAAAUUAGGAAGUCCCUGGAAGAUGGAAUGCUACAAAGAACGACUGAUGAGAACUUUUCUUCAAAACUCUCCCCGAGGUUGAACUAAAAAUAACACUCUAGGCCCGAUUGUGCUCAAAAUGAUAUCAUUACAUUUUCUUUUUACAAUUUGAAAAAUGUCUGCAUCAUGGUUUUUAAAAAUGCUUGAAUAAUAAAUAAAGUAUGA